AUGUACACAGUAGAAUUCCAAAAAAGAGGUUUACCUCAUGCACAUAUACUUUUAUGGUUGGAUGGAGAAAGCAAGUUGAAAAAUUCAACUGAUAUUGAUAAAGUAAUAUCAGCUGAAUUGCCAAAUGCUGAUUUGUACCCCAAAUUGGAAAAAGUUGUCUCAAGUUACAUGAUUCAUGGACCAUGCGGACCUGCAAGACAUAAUUCACCUUGCAUGAAGGAAGGAAGAUGUUCUAAAUUUUAUCCAAAAAAAAUCACAUCUUCGACUUCAAUUGAUGAAGAAGGAUAUCCAUGCUAUAGAAGACUUGAUAAUGGUAGAUUUGUUGAGAAGAAUGGAAUUAAGCUGGACAAUAGAAGUGUUGUUCCUUACAAUCCACCACUUCUAAUGAGGUAUCAAGCACACGUCAAUAUAGAGUAUUACAACAAGACCAAUUCAAUAAAAUAUUUGUUCAAAUAUGUGAACAAAGGUCCCGACAGAGCUACUCUUAAAAUAAGCAACAACUCUGCAGAGUCUAAAAAAUCAGCCAUUAUUGAUGAGAUCAAAAGGUAUUACGAUUGUAGGUAUCUAUCACCAUGUGAAGCUGCUUGGAGAAUAUUUGCUUUUGACAUCCAUCACAUAUGGCCUCCUGUUCAGAGAUUGACCUUUCAUCUUCCUGGCCAACAAUCAGCUUUGUUUAAAGAUGAUGAUGAUAUUAAUGUGGUCUUCAACAGAUACGAAAAUGCUAACACAAUAUUUCUAGCUUGGUUUGAGGCUAACAAAGUUUAUGAGGAAGGAAAACAAUUGACUUAUUCAGAAUUUCCAAGCAAAUUUGUGUGGUUUGCCAAAGAAAAAGAAUGGAAACCAAGGAAGAAAGGCUACAACAUUGGUAGACUUACUUAUAUUCCUCUUGGGUCUGGAGAACUUUAUUAUUUGAGGAUAUUACUGACCAUUCAAAAAGGUUGUAUUGAUUAUGAAAACAUUAAGACAAUUGAUGGAAAGUAUUAUGAAACAUACCAAGAAGCUUGCUAUGUUUUGGGAUUGUUGGCUGAUGACAAAGAAUAUAUUGAUGCAAUCAAAUAA